AUGACGAAUUCUCUCCUGGGUUCAUCACAUCCAGUCAUGUCAGGUAUGGAUAUCCUCUGUCACCCUUUGUCUUCAACUUCAUCCGAAUGGCUUAAAUCUCGAAAUUCAUCAUACCUGAUGAAGCCUAUUGGUCGGGCUGCAAGCGUUGCCCAGGAGGCUCUCAGUCUCCUUGAGGCCUACUUGGAUAUUGAUGACGAUGGUUCACAUGCAAGUGCUCUGCGUCCCAAGUCGGCGACCCAGGCCAGAAAGUCUUGUGCCACUGUCCAACCUGAACCAGCUAACAUUGAUCAUAAACUUAAGAAAUUCAGUCUCCGAGAACCCUGGCCACAAUCUGGUACUCCUUCAAAGUCUCACUGUGGCUUAUGUGGGCAAACUGUGCCAGACGGCUUAAAGCCACCUGAUUCUACCAAGCAGAACACAACAUGUAAUUUUCACAUUUCGGAAUCACCUGCGAGCGAAUCGACUUUUGAGCCUACUUCCUUCAAGCCAGAUGAUAAGGGGAACAGUGUACCAAGAUAUCCGAUACAGUUGAUAUCGACUUCCUCUGAAGUUAGUGGACCGCCUUCGCCUCAAGAAGUACCAAUCAGUCCAUCUCAUUUCGUGCCCUUGUGCUGCCCGUCCGUUGUGGGAGAUGAUGAGGCUUCAGACGGUGACAAAUUUGAUGUUGUAGAACGGCAACACAGCGCAUUCUCUAUUUCUAGCAGUGUCGAGCCACAAAGUUCUCUCACGUCUGACGUCACUUCUCGCACACCUUCGCGCGUAAGAUCUAGUGGAUUACUUGCAUCCUUCCUGCCGACUGAUGCCCAUGUUUCGGUGUUGCGUAGUCGUAGUAUGGGCAGUGAGGCAGCCCGUGGUAAGAGCUGUGUUCCACCAAACGGCAUGUUGGAAACUUCUGUACCUACAAGUACUGCUUUCGGAAGAUGCGUAAGUGUCCCAUCCGCUCCGAAUCAAAUGUUGCGUCAACCAGGAUCGAAGCCAAAACGCUGGGGCCGCUUUAGCAUUUUUCGUCACAAGAAGCACCAAAAGGGGAUCGAAAAGGUUAAGUCCUUUGGAUCUCUUCCGUUUGGAGCAAAAAUAACCUCUCAAGAAGCUCUGCGCGAGGGAGAUGAACCAUCCACGACACGACUUCGGACCCCUAGGCCAUCACGAGGACAAGCCGCGUUAUCUGCUUUGAGUCAUUUGCUACCACGGCGGUUUCGUUACGAUCACGACGAGCAGUCCACACCCUAUUUAUCUGGAGGUAUCGGUCUUCUCUUUGGCGAGCACACGCUCGGCCAAUUUAGAAGGAAAAAUCGGUUUUGGAAACGUGGAGAGCGCCCUGAACGAGAAACAUCUGAUGUUGCUGCUUCAUCUGUAGUGCCCCCUCGAGGAGUAUCCAGCGUCUCCUUGGAGAAAACUAACGAGCAAGUCACUCAGCCGCAGUUUGUGGCAGAUGCAUUUUCUAAAGCAAACUUUCAACCAGGUCAGCGUUCGCCGUCAGAUAUCUAUUCGAUUGCAGCUUGGCGCAGCAACCCUAGGCUCCUGGCAACGCAUGAAAUGGCACACAUAUAUAAAGAGUUAAUACAAACGGCGGAGGGAGAUCGCUUGAACGCUUCGGCCGCAGAGGCUUGGGGUAACGUUCAC